CGCCUUUGUUCGGAGAGAAUCAUCGAGUCGGAUAGAGUCCAGGGCUCCAGGCGCUGCGUACUGAUCGAAGAGGCGUGUCUCUUCGAUCGACCUCCAGGCUUCCAGCUAGCUAGCUAGCGAGCGAUGGCAUUGAGGGAGAUCGAGUCGACGCUGCCACCGGGGUUCAGGUUCUACCCGAGCGACGAGGAGCUGGUGUGCCACUACCUCCACAAGAAGGUGGCCAACGAGCGCAUCGCGCAGGGGACGCUCGUCGAGGUGGACCUGCACGCCCGCGAGCCGUGGGAGCUCCCAGAGGUGGCGAAGCUGACGGCCACCGAGUGGUACUUCUUCAGCUUCCGGGACCGCAAGUACGCCACGGGGUCGCGCACCAACCGCGCCACCAGGACGGGCUACUGGAAGGCCACGGGCAAGGACCGCGAGGUGCGCAGCAGCAGCAGCGCCACCGCCGUCGUCGUCGGCAUGCGCAAGACGCUCGUCUUCUACCGGGGCAGGGCCCCCAACGGCGUCAAGUCCGGCUGGGUCAUGCACGAGUUCCGCCUCGACACCCCGCAUUCGCCGCCAAGGGAGGACUGGGUGCUGUGCAGGGUGUUCCAGAAGACGAAAGCCGCCGACGGCGACGGCGAUGGCGGCGCCCAAGACGGCGACUCCUCGUCCCCGCCGGCCGCCUUCACCGGCCCGUCACGGCCACGCGCCGUGUCAGAGCCGCCGGACCAUUCCGCGCCGCCGGCGGGAGGAGGCUACUACUACGGCCUCGCGUUCGGGCCGCGGCAGGUGGAGGUGGCGCAGCAGCAGUGUUACGGCGGCGGCGGCGCCACGGUCGCCGACCACCACCACGGCUUCACGCGAGACAGCGGGGGCGCUGCAGGGUUUGGCGCGACGUGGGGAGGAGGAGUCGCCGGCGGUGAGUGCGGGGCUGGCUACCUCGAUAUGGACGGCGCCUUUGACGUCAUGAUGGCCGGCUGCUUUGGCGGUGGAGACAUGGAUGAGUUCCCUCAAGUGUGGAGGUGAUCGAUUGGGCAACGUCACGGGGUUAUUACCAUCCUCUUCAAAGAGGAGAAUACAUAUUGUUCUUACUGGAGACACUGGGUCAGUUAAAUCUAUUGGUUGUUUAAUACACAUGGGGAUUGGCUGGUAGAUUAGAAUGGGUUUGAAAUGCUGUGAGCUUGACAAGGUUCAUUGUGAACGUGAACUAUCAGAUGUAAAUUAAUUGGGAAAUCCUUUCUUUUCUAUAUUAUUUAGUGUAUACAGUUAAUUGAUAAUUGUGCACGUAAAAUAUUCUAUAUGCACUGCCGGAAUUUGGUUC